AUGACAGUCUCCCUACCUAGCAUCCACGAGAUGUUCCCAGCACACCUCAUGUACAGGGACGAGCUGGACGGUGGGCAGGCUUGGGGAAACUACCCUUCGCCUACUACCGUCAAUGCCUCGUUCUCGACGUGCACGGUUGUCGGAUGCCACUGCUCUUCUGCCUGUUCCUCGUCUAUGUUCUCGUCCACCUCGGCGCACACGCAUACUCCUGCCACCAUUUCCGGUGACAGCUGGCACAGUCCAGGCUCCGACGCGCAACCACGUCACGAUAACGGACAAGCGUCUGUCCCGGGCGCUGCGUCGGAGAGUCUGCUUCCCUAUACGCGCCUAUCUGCACACCAACCUACGCACACGCAGCCUCAUGCACCGCCACGACCACCACCAGGACACCUACUGAACCGACAGCAUAAAUGUUCCCGAGAUGGACGCGAAAGUCACCACGCACACUCACCGCAUCCACGCGACCAACAUAACCAACAGCCAGUGGACAUCAGCGAUGAUGAAGAAGACGCCUCCGAGGGCUCCUUGGGGGACUCUCCUGUGCCUUCGAACACGCGAAUACCAAUGCACCACAGCGUCCCACCCCAUGUCGUCCAAGUACAUCAGCCACUGUACUUCAUGAAAGGCAUGUCCAUGAUUCCAAUGACGGCCGACGGCAGCGCUGGAGUAGACGGAAUCCCGUCUGGGAAGAAACACGCCUGCCCCACCUGUUUCAAGCGGUUCAAUCGACCGAGUAGUUUGAGAAUACACGCUAACACGCAUACUGGCGCCACUCCGUUUCGUUGUCCGUGGCCAAACUGCGGCCGCGAGUUCAGCGUCAACUCGAACAUGCGUCGACACUACAGAAACCAUGCUAUCGCCUCUUCGUCCUCCACCAACGCUCCGCCAGCCUCGAACUCAACUCAAGUGGGAAGCCAACAUAUUCACAUUAUCCCUAUAACUACCUACCCUGCCGUACCAACUGUUCUUCGAGGAGAGAUACGUGCCGGCGCUCCUCCUUCGCGUCCUCACGCUCCUACUCCUUCCAGUGGUUCCCUUCCUUGGUGUGGUGGGUCAACGCACGGACAACCACACUCGCACUCGCACUCGCACUCGCAGAGACUAUCCGAAGACCUCGAUCGAAGCCGUAGACGUUCGGAAUGGCAUGCACACAGCCCGAACCAGUUCCAGCGGGAGGAGCGCGUUGCGUAUUACCGACUGGAGAAGGAGUUCGAACGACAGGACUCAGGGAGGCGUGGAUCUCCGAACACCGAGGAAGAAGUUGGCGGGCUCGAGGAUCCUCAAAGCGGGGAUGGGGGCAUGGAGGUGGACCGAAAGCCGCACGCUCCUUCUCCUCCUAGGGCCCUCUCGCGAUCAGCUCGACCUCGCUCCCUCCGCUCAUGUCCACAACCACUACAUCCGUACGCCUACCCUCUCCCACCCCCUCGCGCCUUCGUCCACUCGCCCGACUCUUCCGGGUCGCCCGCCUAUUCCAACACAUCUCCACCUCGCCUGUUGACUCCCCGAUCCUUCAUCUCGAUCCUCUCUAAAUCAUCGCACUCGUCUAUGUCUCCGUCCGUGUCUCCAGUGGAGGAAGAGCCACUCUACAACCCGUCGACGCCUUACUCGCGGUGCUUGGCCGACACGCGAGUCUCUACGACGUUGAGGCCGGCGUUUGGGUAG